UGUUCCCCUAAUCCCUUUGUAUGUUGCAGAAGAAGAAAAUCCAUCCUGAAACUGAAAACUAGCGAAAAUCUACGAAGAAAACUUCACAAACUAAAAAUGUUCUUGACAACUUUCAAUAUUAAUUGAGUUCAAAAAUUUAUAAUGCAAAAUUUUGCAAAAAUUUUUUUUUUUGUAACAGAUUGCUAUUUUGUAGGGAAUUAAAUAUUCUGACACUAAAUUUUGAGCUUGAAAGUAUUAAAUGAAAAUGUACUGUAAUUCUAUCAUAUAUAUUUUACACGCACUCAUUUCAAAUGAAAAAUUUUAUUGUUGCAAAUAAAAUAGAAGUAGGUCAUGUUGUUAUGUUGUUUUCAAAUAAUAGUACAGAUAAAAGUAUAAUUAAUUAUUUAUUACUUGGAAAUGUGCAAAACAUUUAGAUAACUACCAUUUAUCUGAAGACUUAUCUUCAGAUUAGAUAAACUCGGAAAAUGAUAACAUUGAAAAUUCCACUUCUUUGUUUAUAUUAACUAUGAAGAUAUUAUUUGAAUUGGGGGGGCUUAUUGAUAAAUUUAAUUAAUUAUAAUUGUAACAACUAACAAUGUCAUGACUAGGCACUUAUAAAUAACAUAUAACCUAAAUUCAUUUGUCAAAUUUCAAAUAAUUCAUCCUCUCCUUUCAUCAACGGUUAAAACAAUGGUUUAGGGUUAAAAAUGCAUAAAAUCUUUAAACCAUCACAAACAUGUCUUAAAAUUUUCACGUCGGUUACAUGACUUUGAGAAGUUUCACAAAUUUCCAUCGCGUUUUAAUUUUUCACAAAGAAAUGAGCUGCGCAUUUUAAAUAUAUAUUUUAAAUUGUAUGUAUGCAUCCGCUCCUUACAAUGUCAUGUAAACGAAUUUUUAUUUAUGUACUUGUGAGGGCAUUCUCAUGUCAAUGCAGGUCAAAGUUAAAUGAGUCAUCAUCAUCUAUCAAAACUAUACAAAAAAAUCUUGUGGUUUACAAAAAAACAUCUCAAUUUCUAAAUAAAUAAACAAAUGUUUUUUUUUAAUUAUUAAUAGCUGCAUAUAAAUUUUAGAGUAUAAAAUGCUUUAUCGAAGCUUUGACCUGCAUACUUUCACACCAAACAUAAAACCCAUCUUCAUAUAUUCUAUUCUAAAACUUACCCUAACUUCCUUGCACGCUUCUGUCCCCUCCCCCAAAAAAAACGCUUGCUUCAUAAAAAUAUAUACAUUAUGUUACGUCGUAUCAUUUCUGUUUGUAGUUCUAUUCAAAAUGGUUCCUCAAAAGAUCACCUUCUGUCGAGGAGACGAUAACGGAAAACAGUACAGAUUACAAAAAGAAAGACAUGGUUUUUUCUCAAACGUGUCUCAAUACACAACGUCUUUUGAAACUGAUAGAAAUAGAUCGCUUAAAGUCCGAAAAGAAUCAACAGGUGAACAGUCAGAACGGAGGCACUACCGACGUCUGUACCGAGUCAUUCCAGCUGCCAGCUACGAGCUUUUCAGAGGACUACGAGUAUCUGAAACCGGAGCCGAUAUUCCAGAACGCAAUGCUCAACGAUACAGACUGCGAGUUCUUCCAAGAACUGGAUCUUGCGUGGUGCGACGCGCCCGCGCGGGAGGAAACAGUACAGUCCAUUGAUCAUCCAAAAUCGACCGACGCAAGGGCACACACAACAGACACAUUGCACACACCAUUCUCACCUCAGGGUUGGGACACAGUCGACGCCUCGCCGUCGACACACACCUACAACACUCACGGCUUCCCCGUCCCGCAGAGCGUGGACGAGAUGGCCCAAUUUAACACAGAACUUUUUCAUCAACCGGCCACGAACGACAAAGUUCCGUACCAAGAAGUAUUCUUGGACUUCAACACGCUCCCCGUGGUGCUGGCCGACCUGGCGCCCGAGGGAGCGGCCCAGCCGUGGCCGGCUACAGAUCUCUCUUGGGACACAGAGUACACAAAACCCAUCACAUACGACACAUUGCCCUUCAUCCACCAAGACGACUCGAUGGACAUGAAAUACGUAUCAGUGACGCCGCACGAAGUGGAGAGUACGAUGCCGAGUGACCUCAUCAUCAUCAACGAGGAGAGCGCGCCCGCGCCCCCGCCGCCGCCCCGCGGGGCGCUGUCCGUGGACGUGACCCGCUCGGCGUGGCCCGCGGACCUCAUCAGCACACCUGACGUCCUCAGCGUCGUCGAGGAGUUGGAGACUGAAAAAUGUCCACUGCUCCUCUCGGCCCUGCCGGGACUCGAACAAGACAUCUCCAUGGAGGUCACAAAGUUCGACGAGUCACCAAUACCCACGCCGGUCAUGUACUCUCUGCCGAUCACUCCAAAGACAGAGUCCGAGUCGGAGGAAGACACCAAACCGCCACGGAGAAAAAGACCAAGACACGACAGUGAAGAGUCUGACGAGACUUACAAUCCUUACACCGAAACCCACCGCGUUAGGAAGGUCGCCCGCAAAGCACCCAAGAAGGACAUCAAGCAGAUGAUACAGGCGCUGGAAGGAGUCCAACAGCAGCCGAGGAAGAGAGGCAGACCUCCAGGGAGGAGACAGAGCACCAUGUCGACCGUCAGCAAUACCUCCUCAGUCUCGACACACGAACUCAAAUACAGGGAGCUGAGAGACAAGAAUAAUGAAGCCUCGAAACGAUCCCGGAUGAAUAGGAAGCUGAAGGAACUCCAGUCAGAGCAGCUCGCUGAUGAUCUAGAAGAGAGAAAUAAUAAACUAAAGAUUCGUGUGGAACUUCUAGAGAAAAUGACAACAAAGCUGCGCGAGGCGUUCAUGACGGCCGUGCAGAAGAAAGCCGGUUAAAACUAGUUCAAUCGAGUGCUGUGCGCUUUUGUAACAGUUUGUCUAUUCUCAUAGAUAUUUAACGUCUUGAGCUUGAGCGAGUGGAGUUAUGUAAAUGACGUUUGGUUUCGGUGAAGCUCUUUUGGUGUUGACGUGUUUUUUUGUUUUAAAUCUCGGACAUGACGAAAUACAUUUUACCCGGAUUUGACUUUGAUGUAUUAAGAACUUAGUUAAUUAUUAUUGGUAAUAAUAUGAAUUCUAUAUUUGAAACACUUAAUAUAUGUUUUCUAAUAGUGUUCUGAAUAAGUUUUAUAAUACUUACUUAAUUAAGUCUAACUUAGCGUUUCGAUGCUACAAUGAGGAUCGAAUACAAAAAAAAGAAAAAAAUAUAUCUUACCAUCAAUUAUUUGUUAAUUAUAAUAAAAUCAUGCAUGGUUAUUUGAUUGCUGUAGGUUUACCUGUAUCUUAUUGUUAUUUUCUCCUAACUAUUAGGAAAUAAAUGAAAUAAUUUUAUUA